AUGCGAGCCAGUUCUAUCAAGCGCUCCCUCGGAGUUGACCUGACCAACAGCAUCAAGGAGUCGCGCGUUCUUCUUGUUGGCGCUGGUGGUAUCGGCUGUGAGCUCCUCAAGAACCUCGUCCUCACCGGCUUCGGCGAAAUCCAUAUCGUUGAUCUUGAUACUAUCGACCUGAGCAAUCUAAAUCGCCAGUUUCUCUUCCGACAUGAACAUAUCAAGAAGCCGAAAGCUUUGGUACGCCUUCAGAACCCCCCGGCAGAGCUCCAUCGUCUCCUCCCUUGCCCGCCUACCGUUGCGCUCUUUGCGCCGUCCCCGUUGAAAACCAGGAACGAAGUAGCGAAAGAAGUUGCGCAUAGAUUUCAACCCAGCGUGAGGCUUGAAGCCCACCACGCAGACAUCACGGAAAGCCGAUUCAAUGUCGAUUGGUUCAAGAGUUUCAACAUCGUCUUCAAUGCCCUAGACAAUCUAGCAGCUCGUCGCCAUGUGAACCGCAUGUGCCUCGCGGCUAGUGUGCCAUUGGUGGAGAGUGGAACAACUGGAUUCAAUGGCCAAGUACAGGUUAUUGAAAAGGUGAGCCACCCAGACGCGCAGAGGGCCGGCCUUUCAGAUAACGGCAAGCUGAUUCAAAGAUUUCAGGGAACAACCGAGUGUUAUGACUGCAACGAAAAGGAGACACCGAAGUCGUUUCCCAUUUGCACCAUUCGCAGCAACCCCUCCCAGCCCAUCCACUGCAUUGUAUGGGCCAAAAGCUACUUGAUCCCGGAGCUUUUUGGCAAGGGAGAGGAGUCCGACAUACUUGAUAAUACUGAAACUGCGGAGAAUGCGGAAGAAAUUGCUGAACUUCGAAAAGAGGCAGAGGCUCUGAAGGAGAUCCGAGAAUCGAUGGGGUCGGACGAAUUUUCCAGAAAAGUUUUUGAGAAAGUCUUUAAAACGGAUAUCGAGAGGUUGCGCGAAGCAGAAGAUAUGUGGAAGGAACGUAAAGCGCCAGAUAUCUUAGAUUAUGAUACACUUUCUGAGGCAUCAAAGGCCCUCGAACCUUUGGUUUCCAUCCAAGACCAAAGAGAGUGGACGAUAGAGGAGGACUUUGUGGUAUUCAAGGACAGUCUGAAGCGCCUGAGUGCGCGCCUCAAGGAACUUAAAGACAAGAAGUCCCCAGAAGACCCCGAGCCAGUAUUGACCUUUGACAAGGAUGAUGUUGACACCUUGGAUUUUGUCACUGCGACAGCUAACCUACGAGCCACUGCAUUCCACUUGAAUCCUAAGUCAAAAUUCGACACAAAACAGAUGGCUGGAAACAUUAUCCCAGCUAUUGCGACGACAAAUGCUAUGACAGCAGGCCUAUGUGUUCUCCAGGCAUUCAAAGUGCUCCAAAAUGACCUCGCGAAUGCGAAAAUGGUUUUCCUCGAAAGAUCGGGAGCCCGUGCAAUCAACUCUGACUCUCUAGAUCCACCCAAACCAGACUGCCCGGUAUGCUCACCUGUGUUCGCUCGGAUUACAGUCGACCUGCAACGCGCAACUCUCCAGGAUGUUGUCGAAGGUGUGCUUCGAUCUGAGUUGGGUUAUGGCGAAGAACUGUCUAUCAUAAGGGGCACGCAUUUGAUCUUCGAUCCCGACAUGGAAGACGAGCUCCCUAAGAAACUUUCCGACCUCAAUAUUGGCCACGAGACUUUUCUCACAAUCAUCGAUGACGACGAUGUGGGUAAGGCUCCCCGUGUCAACCUGGAGCUUGUGGUCAUGGAACAAACCGAACCUUCCUCUGAAGAAUCAGCUGUGGUCUCGCUCCAACAGGUUCUCGAUAUUCCGCGAAAGUCGAAGAAGCCCGAAGCGACAAGCUCAGAGGAAACAACAGCAGCCAAUGGAACGGCAGUCACCGGGAAACGUAAGCGUGAGGGCGAGGAUGAACCGUUAACGAAUGGCCACAUCUCUAAGAAGGUUGUUGGAGAAUCAUCGAUUAAUGGCAAAGGCGACGAUACUGAGCCAAUUGUUCUGGAUGACGAUGGCACCAUUUUGAUUGACGACUAG